ACGAAAUCAUCGUUAGUAGCACCGGGGAGACUAUAGCCGGCGGGUUGGAGCUGCCACAUCCACCUUUUACUUCCAUUCCCUUUUCUGCGGAUAUGUGAAUCAACGUGCCAGGUUGGAUCAGUCUGCCCAUGAAACGCCUCCUCUGGUCGUCCCAUGGGCCUCGACUGCCCUUAGGUCUUCUUGGGUGGGGGCAAUCGCGUGGCCAUGGUUAAGGAGGCAAACCAGGUUUUCAACGGUGGUGGUCCCUGGUGGUCACACGUGGCGUUUCCAGCGUCCAGCCCUGCCACGAAUUGCUUGGGACCCCUUGAUGACAUUCCGGUUGCUUAUGGUUACUACAAAAUCGCUCUCCUGCUCAGCUCGCCUCAACUGCAACCCAUCAUUCUUCACGUGGGCCUUUCAAGUUAUGCUAUACAUGCUAUAAAAAAUUCACGGUUUGCGGCCAUCUCAGUGCUCGGAGAACAUGGUAGAUUGGCAGUCAUUUUCGCCAACAUUGCUGAAUUUUUCCAUAAACUGGACUUAUUUAGUCUUGAUGACUUAUCAAGAGCUCUUGAAGAUAAACUGAUAAAGUUCUGCCAAAAUGCAGAAAAUCUGCAGUCCCCAGGUCCAAUUUUGUCAUGCCAGACAACUUGCAAAGACACAUCUAAAAGUAGAGCAGUCAUCCUUUAUAUACACCAUGGGAAGAAAGCCAUACUUGCAGAAGUCCCGCCUCCUAAAACAUACCUUGUUGAACCUGCCAGAGGGGAUUCCCAAUAUGCUAGACUCCUGUACAUGCUCAGAAGAGGACAAAUUAAAGGCGCAAAACUUCAGCUCGAGCAAGACAUUCCUCUAACUUCUAAACGAAGAAAAAAACUUUUGUCUUUAGCAAUUGCUAGGGGCUACACAAAUAUUGUUGAGAUCCUCCUACAGAGAAAAACCGGUGUCUCAGAUAUCCAUUUCAAACUGGCCGCAAGAUACAGACGAAUCCACACAGCAAGGCUGUUAAUGAAACAGAAAAGACAAAUGAAAGCAGAAAAAGCUAAUGUACUUCGAACUGAAGCCGAGGACUAUGGAAAUAAUGCCAUUGUGCAACUGGCCACUAAACACGCCUGCAAACUUCCUUCCAAAAGCAACUUCCAAGACAAAUGGAACGAAAUUGAAGCCAAAUACAACAAAGAAUGGCAGAGGGUCACCAGUAAGAUCUUGAAGUUUAACGAUGUCCAGUGCUUGCGCGAAUUCAUCGUAGACAACAUAAACUUCAUUCACUACCAGGACCACAAAGGACUCACGCCGCUCCACGUGGCGGCUGAACAGGGUCACGAGCUCUGCGUGAAGGAGCUCCUGGAACACGGCGCCUUGCCCAAUGCACGCACUAACGACCUCAAGACCCCAGCUGACCUCGAAAACUCCCAGGGCCACUGGAGGAUAGUAAAGAUCAUAGAGAGAAAGAUCCAAGUCGGGGACAGUGGAAAGAGUCGCAAAGACGUCUCCAAACGAUACUUCCGUCUUCUGGAGGCAAUAUCCAAGGGUGGGAAAAUCUUUGCAAAUGAUACAGAAGAAAAGGCAGCAAGAGUCGAGUUGGUGAAGACUGUGACAUCACUGCUUGCAACCGGAACGCCUCUCGAAUUUUGUGGACCCUUUAACAACAGUGCUCUCCUGCUCGCCAUUUCCACCAACAGCACACCGCUUCUUCCCCUGCUGUUGGCUGCUGGGGCUCCUCUCACUGCUACCACCUCCGGUCUCGGACCCCUCCAACUGGCAUGGAUCACUCCAGGGGUAACACCUUGGGUCAGUGUAGUGGUGGCUAGGGCUAUCCGGCAUAAACUCAGAGUCGAAAUGGACUUCUCUCCUGAAAAUCCCAUGGAACAGAUGUUAAAGUCAGGCAUAAGUGAUCUGUUACAGCAUCUGGAAGGAAGGAAAUCCUGGAAAGCAAAGUUCAAUAGUGCAAAGAACAACUCUGAACACCUUACCCAGUUGUUGGUUACAGCCUGCAAGCGUGGAGCCACUACCUCUGCCUGGUGGGUGUGGCAAGCAGGUGGCAGCCCUGUUUCAUCCAUCCCUUCCACCUCAGCCCUCCAUGCAGCACUUAACCCUGAGCAGCCUCACUUGGAUACGGCAAGAACGCUUACCAUCCGCAUGGGGUGCAAUCCCUUCCUGCCAGGUGAAGAUGGUUCACUCCUCUUCGACAACAUGCCGUUGGAGUUUCGGAAGCAACUACUGCAGGAUUCUCUUGUAAGGGAGUACCGGUGCCUGUACACGGAGAUGGCAAAGGCACGGCGCCACAGAAACAGAAAAAAAAUCAUAAACCUCCAGCGUCUUGUAGUUCUGCAGAUUCUUCUUUACAUUCAGUACGAAAUGCACAGCGAAGAAACAUCUUACCCUUUCCUGCAAGACCUGUUGACAUGUAGCGAGUUGGAGCUAACGGGAAAUCAAGAGGAAGAAUUGCAUGAUUUAAAUGAAGAAUGGAUUACAAGUUUUAUCAGGAAACUUGAUGCUGAUUGUGAAGGUAAGACUACAUCUGACUCACUCAGCGAGGAUGAAGAGGAUGAAUUCUAUCAAUUAUCUGAAUGCCUGAGGUUGUUCUCUAGAAGGAAACGCAAAGGCAGUGAAUAUAACAUCAAACAUGACUGCCUCGACCUUCUCUAUAAAAAAGCACUGACAAUGUGUAGUAAAGAAAAUCUUACUGCAUUCCUUUAUUUGCUAGUCAGUGUGGCAGGGGUCCAUGUAAAUGGGGAAGUGGAUCCUAUAUGUGGCACACAAGCUCUUCAUCACGCAGCCCUGCAUGGUAACCUGUCCAUAGCAAUGUCACUGGUCUGCUUUGGAUGUUCUAAAGAAGCAAGAGAUCAUGGGAGAAACACGCCUUCGCACUAUGCCUACAUGGCUGGCCAUACGGAAGUUGCACAAUUUCUCGCAGAUGGUAUUGAAAAUGAGGUAAAUAACCGUGAGUUACGACCGUAUGACAUGUUUGAGCGUUACAACACCUACCUUGACCAGCAAAGUCUCACUCUUGUAAGUAGUAUAAAUGAGGAACAGGAAAUAUUUAAUGACAGUAAAACACUAAUUGAACUUCAUCUUCACCAUCUUCGAGAGACUUGGGAAGCCAAAGGGGGUCUCAUCAAAACAGUUAAAGAUACUCAUGUGGAUUUUACAAAGGGCGAAUCUUUAGAAGUCAAACAAGCCAUCACAAAAGUAGCCGAAGACCUCAUUUCUGAAAUUGCCAAAGUCAACAAGAUCUUUGAGGGAGACCUUGUUGGUGUAGGGAGUGCUGCAGAUGAUGCUAGAAUGUUCUGCCCUGACGAAUAUGACUUCAAUCUUGUUUUAAGAAACAUAAGUGGUCACCCGGGAGGAGGUCUCAAAUUUGAGCUUCAGAAUUCCCCUGAAAGGGUACUAUUUCAGAAACACAUAGAAUUGUCAGCUGAAAGAGAUGAACUCGAAAAUCUUAUGGAUGGAUCUAAUUUCACUGAUACGUUUUAUAACACAGCAAAAGAUUGCUUGAGAAACUUGAGGCUUGCUGAUGACAGGCUCAUCUUCAUCUCUCCUGGGAUCAAGAACACGCAGGUAGGUAUUAAUUUGUGCAUGGUAUGGAUGGGCCAAGAGUUCCCUCUCUUGAUGAUAGACGUGGAUAUAGUUCCAACAGUAGAGGCACCUUGGCCCCAACAACACCCACGGCCCCUUCUCACUCCCUCAGACAUGAACACAGUUUAUCUCAGCAACACAACUAGGAAAGAAUGGAGAUUUUCCUUCGGUGUUGCCGAAAACCAGAUCAUGAAAAAACUGAGUGAUCAUCAGAGAAGAGUGUUCUUGGGCUGUAAAUUACUUUUAUCAUCACUUAGGGUAUCAUGGUGGGUGCCAAAGGAGACCAAGAAACAGUUCACUUUUUGGGAUAAACGAGUAUUUCGACUCUCAGUUCCUGCAGGUUUUGUCUUGAAGAAUGUGUUUUUCGAAGAACUUCAGGAUGUGCAAGAUGAAGAUCUCUGGACAGAAGACCAUCUUUUGGAUAGAAUGAAGUCCGGCUUCAGCCGCAUGUGUGAAGGUAAGAGUGAUCCUAAAUGCCAAAUGCCACGCAAGGUGAUGGCCUAUUUUGGAGGCAAUACUCAGCUCCCGUCAUUUGCACUCCGAGCCCCAGAUAUUCUAGCUUUCCUAAGGUCAUUAGAUGCUUUACCAGUCCAGCCCAAUUCUAAAGUGUGAAUGUGUUCAGAGUAAGUUGGUUUGGAGGUCAUACUUUUUUGGUUAGUAUUAUUAUUAUUAUUAUUUUAUUUAUUUUUUUAUUUCUAAAGACUCUUUUUUUCUUAGAAGUUAUACAUUUUCAUCAGAGGAAUACUCAAACUGUUCAUUUUGUAGAUUAGUUUAUUGUAAUGAGUAUUCCAAUGUACAGGCAUGACACCAUCAGCAGCUUGUAACCAAGAAACUCUAAAAGGAAUACAGACUUGUAUUCAUUACUGUUUUCUUGUCUCUAUCAUAUGCAUUAUAAGUAAAGGUAACUUUUCAUUUUUAAUUACUAACAUGUCAGCUACAAGAAAUCUUAUUAUCUAAAUAUGGCGAGUUACGGUUUAGCGAGAGCAAACAGGUGUUUUGGAAAGAAAGAAUUACAAUGACUUAUAACUAAUGAUUAUGAAUCUGACGCAAUAUGAUAUGCUGAUCCGACAUUGUGUUAUCAAGCAAUAUUUACAGCAAAGGGAGAAAGACUCUGACCUUUUGCAUCGUUUGUUGGGAAGAGUUUUCUUUCCUUGUUCUUGUUUUUGCCACCAUGAGCAAUGUGCCUACUUUUAUCAGUUACACAAAAUCAGGUAUUGUAAAAAUCCUGUAACAGAGGCUUGUGGAUUUAGCUGCCAUGUCUGGUAUUUUUUUUCUCUCUCUUUCUUUUAAUAGCUUGUGAAUCUUUUAAAUCAUAGAGUCCUUCAGGCUUUUUUGUGAUUUAUAUGUCAGCUGCUCACUGCGGCGGAUGAUAAAAGACUAUUGUCGGUACAGUAAAAUUUCAUGUUUUGCAGUAGAGUUUUCUAAAUCAUAUCUUUUCAUCAAGAACUUUUAAUACCAGGCAUUCAUAAUGAUUGCAUUAUACUGAUGCCAUUGUUACUGCUUACAGAUAUUUCAGUGUGAUUAAGAAAGCAUCCAUAUCUGUGUGGAAUGAUGAUUCAUGGAAAUGACAGAUUGGGAUUUUUCUUCUACAGUGGUUUGUCUUUCUGAAUUUCACAACAAUUAUGAGCAUCGUUAAUCAGAUCUGUGUUCAUUUUAAGGUAAGUGAAAGCCGGGAACCUUUGAUCUUCACUAUAGUUAUCGUGACAUUCGUUACAAUUAACCUUUCAUGUGUUUUCUUUUGUGAUUAUUGCAGAAAGAAUAAGCUUGAUCUCUUAUGAUUGUUUUCUUUUUUAUGUGAUGAAAACAAUAGGAUGCAUUUUGUGGUAAAAUUAGUGAUAUUAUAAAGUUCAUAUCAAUUUUAUUUCCACUUGAGUUGAUUUUUUAUGAGAUUAAUUCUGUAAUGAUCAUUAUAGUUUCAUACAGAAUUAUACUAUUGUAUAUUUUACAGUUACAUAUUUCACGAAAAUUUUCUCAUUUUUUAGAUAAGUAUUACCAUUUCCUAUAUAUUUGUUACAAAAAAAAAUCGAUGAUAGAAAACAUUUUUACACAACCAUGACACAGGCAAGUGUUAAAUGCGAAGAAUAGCCUCAAACCUAUCAGGUCACAAGGCAUACUAUACAAAGCCUAUAGGUAUCAGUAAAAGGAAUGAGGAUCUAGGGGCACUUCUAUUGGCGUGAUCCGUGACGCGUUUGUAUUCGAAACAUUAACCUCACGUGUUCACUGUAUGUAUAAUAAGAUCUGUUACAUCAGUGAAUAUCAGAUAGAACAAUCAGAUUUGUUUAAGUAUUUUGCUGCUAGUUUUGAGACAGGAUUUGCCAAGGCCAAGAAGGAGGUUUGCAGCUUCACACCCAAAUUGAUUAUGAACACUUGGUAUGUAUGUGCACAUGUGCCUAUUUGCUCUGCUAUUAAUAUUUCAUGGUUAUUAUAAAUGAUUAUGUUAAGCCUUUUAGUACAUGUUUUUUUCAAUAUUUAUGGAGAUAUUUUUUGCAAUGGAAGCUUUAUAGUAAUUGUUAUUUACUUUAAUUUACUCAGAAACAUGUUUUACAUUUACACAGAAACCAGAUUAGAUAUGGUGUUGAUUACUGAUUAUCAUCAUUUGGAGUUGAAAACAGUUUGCUCUUCUGGAACGACAUCGAUAUUAAAAGAAAUACAUAAAGUAGUUGGCCAAAUUUUCGAUUUUUUGGGAUGCAUGGUAAAACAGCUACGAUACAAAAGCUUUUUUUUUUUUAUUGAUAUAAUAUGUGUAAUAUGAGAGCAUUCUUGUUUUUUGACUUUUGCACACUGUCGUUUCCUUACUAUAACGAAAUCACAGUAGGGAAUACGUUUCGAAGAGUGACUGGAGAUAAUGAAGACAGACACUUCACACGACAGGGAAAUGAAUGUCGGACCACCAAGACUAGACACACACAACAGACAUUUGAUAUAUAUUAAAGCUGACUUAACAUGUAUAUACAUAUUAUUAUUAGCAACAAAUGAUAUCAUCGUCCAUUUUAUCUAUGUAUAUGUUUGCGUGUGCUUGAUGAUAAUCAUGUUGACAAGUGUUAUCUGUAAUAAGUUAGAUUUCCACGAUAAAAGCUGUUCAAAUGGACUACGUGGCACAGAGUGGGGCAAAAAAUUCAAAGUGUGUUAUCUUGUUUGGGCAUUAGAUAAGACUUGUUACGUUCAAUUCGUUGUACCUGUAAAUGAUUGACAUUUUAUAACAACAAACUGCAAAAUGGCGUUCUACUGACUUUUUUCAUGGUUUUGGUUUUAAGAUGUGUUUUUAAAAAGCCUUAUUUUCAUCUGUUUUUACACAUAGGUAACUGCUCCUAAAAUAAUCUGAACCUUGGUGACUCUUUAUAAAAACUGUAAUAAAGGAAAUUAUGAUAUUCUUCA